AGUUGGGCAUUGGGUGUGGGUCAGCAUGCAUGUCCAGGAACUGCUCUUCGUCGCCGCCAUCCUAAUGCCCCAAUGCCUGAGGGCAUUGCGAUAUAGCCAGGGCACUGGCGACGAGAACUGCGAGACCCUCAAGUCGGAGAUCCACUUGAUCAAGGAGGAGUUCGACGAGCUGGGCAGGAUGCAGAGGACCUGCAAUGCCGACGUCAUCGUCAACAAAUGCGAGGGAUUGUGCAACAGUCAGGUGCAGCCAUCGGUGAUAACGCCCACGGGGUUUCUGAAAGAGUGCUACUGCUGCCGCGAAAGCUUCCUCAAGGAAAAGGUCAUCACUCUGACCCACUGCUAUGACCCGGACGGCACCCGGUUGACCUCUCCGGAAAUGGGCAGCAUGGACAUACGCCUACGGGAGCCCACCGAGUGCAAGUGCUUCAAAUGUGGCGAUUUCACACGUUAAUGCCUCAAUAUGCUAGAUAUAUGUUUUCAGCCAAAUUUGUUUCAGUUGGAGAGUGUAAUUUAGAGAUAUAUUUCCAAAUGAACCCCGCAACUUUGAACCUUGUAUAUUCCUGAAUAUUUCGUACACACUCUUCAGUAAAAUAAGUAAAAUCCACGUUUUUUCAGUUUCAUAAACAUUUUUGUCAAUGUCUAUUCUAAAAUGAGGAA